UUCAAUCCCAGGGACCCAUAUGUUGCUUCUUCAAUUUGAUGGAUAAAGACAACUCUGUUCAAGAAAAAAGGUUGUUUAUCCCCUCUUGGAAAUUAGAUAACUCAAAAAUGGCUGAACUUUUCAUGGAAUGUGAAGAAGAAGAGUUGGAACCAUGGCAGCAGAAAGUAGAAGAAAGUCAAAACAAAGACGACGAUGAUGAGUUGAUCUUUGUUGGAGAGAUAUCAAGUUCCAAACCAGCCAUUUCAAAUAUUUUGAACAGAUGUAGCCCUGGUUCAUCUUCAAAGGGACUGAAGAAUGGCUCAUUCAAUCCAGCUAUUUCUAAUAUAUUCAAGCCUACAAAUCAACACUACAGAAAUCCAUCAUCUAAUCCACUGGUUGCUUUGCCAAGCUUUCAUCCUGCACCCAAAUCUUCAGAGAGUUCUGACGUUCAGACUGUGUCUAAACCUAACUUUACAAAGACUUUAUUAGAAGAUGAUUCAGGUGCUUCUUCUGUCUUACAGCUAGACUCAAGCAAGGAUAUACCAUCCUCCAACAUACUGCAAAAGAGUACAGGUGUCGAUCAUACUUUAGGAUUAAAACAUCCUUCCACUUCCAAUGUAAACAGUGUUAUUCCAAAAAAGCCAAAAACUAAUGCAAGCAUUUCGGAAACAAGCCCCUACUCUUCAUCUUCUUUAAGUGAGGCUCCUGCAGAGGCCUCUUCCCAAGUUGUACUAUCAAAUAUGAAUACCUCAUCAAUUCAGUCUGCAACUGGAUCACCUUCACUAAAAUCCUGUCCAAAGUGCAAUGUUAAGUUCAGUCUUUUGGAUCCUUUGAAGUGCCACAUGAAGCGUUGCUGCCCAGACAUGAUAAAUAACUUUCUGGAAACUCUCAAGUCAGAAAAUUCAAAGGCUACAAGCAGAGCUAACAUUGACUCAGAUAAAGAAAAAUUGAUCAUGCUAGUUAGUGAUUUUUAUUAUGGAAGGCAUGAAGGAGCUAUUGAGGAAGACCAGAAGACUCACACAACUUUUAAAUGCUUCAGUUGCACAAAAGUUCUUAAAAAUAAUAUUAGGUUCAUGAACCACAUGAAACACCAUUUGGAAUUUGAAAAACAGAACAAUGAGACCUGGGAAAGCCAUACUACAUGUCAGCACUGCUACCGGCAGUACCCCAACCCCUUCCAGCUACAGUGCCACAUUGAGAGUACACACACUCCUCAUGAUUUUUCUACUAUUUGCAAAAUCUGUGAAUUGUCAUUUGAAACGGAGCAUAUGCUUUUACAACAUAUGAAGGACACUCAUAAACCUGGUGAAAUGCCAUAUAUUUGCCAGGUUUGCCAGUUUAGAUCAUCAAUAUUUUCUGAUGUAGAAAGUCAUUUUAGAUCGUCUCAUGAAAACACUAAGAACUUGCUAUGUCCGUUCUGCCUCAAAGUUAGUAGAAUGGCAACCCCUUAUAUGAACCACUACAUGCGUCAUCAGAAAAAAGGAAUUUAUCGUUGCCCAAAAUGCAGACUACAGUUUUUGACUUCCAAGGAGAAAACAGAACAUAAGUUAGAGCAUCGUACGUUUAUAAAGCCUAAAGAACUAGAAGGAUUGCCUCCUGGAACAAAAGUUACCAUUCGAGCUUCAUUAGGAUCUAGUCAGUCAAGAUCAUCAAGCCCACCUUCUAGUACUGUCCUAAGCACUUCUCUUCAGCUCUCAGUUCCAAAAUCUAAAAGUACAACUACUAAGAACAACUCAAAAGCAUCUGCAAAUAAAGUUACCACAACUAGCCCUCAAACAAUUUCAACCACGACUGGUAAGCCCAAUGCAAGUAAGCCAGGUACAGGUACAAGUAAAUCCAAAGCCAAGCCCUCCUCCAAGCAAAAGAGACAGCGCACCAGGAAAAACAAGUUCAGCAUAGAUUUGAAGAACUUAAGGUGUCACCAGGGAAGUCACACAUGUAUUGAGUGCCAUUCCAAAAUAAAAGAUUUUUCAAGCCACUUUUCUACAUAUAUAAAUUGUGAUUUUUGCAAGUAUACCACUAACUGUAACAAAGCCUUUACAAAUCAUAUGAGCUCUCACAAUGACCACCCAAGUAAGCAGCUUUAUAAUUUUAAGAAGCAUUCACGAGCUCUCAGGGGCAUCACUCUAGUGUGCCUUAAAUGUGACUUCCUAGCUGAUACUCCUGGCUUAGACCGUAUGGCUAAACACUUAAAUCAACGUAAAACUCAUACUUGCCAAGUUGUAAUAGAGAAUGUUACUGAGAGAGCCGUACCUUCUGAAUCCACUUCUGAUGGCUUGUUCAAGUAGAUUCCUGCUCUAUGAAGCUCGUGCAACCUGGUGCAAGACAAGUUGGAAUUUCCUAAGUUCAAAGUUCUGCAGUGUUUGCUUUCACAAAUCCAGUUUCCUAAGUUCAAAGUUCUGAAGUGUUUCCAUGAAGGCAGUUAAAGUUCACGACACUAGCUCUUAGUAGCCAGCUCUUUUCAGCUUUCAGAUGGCAGUAGACUGGAUUCCAUCUUAUCUUUGUGUCAGGUUAACAUAUGUUACCAUGUGCUUUUCUUCUCCAGUCGGCUCUGGAGAAGGAACCUUAGUUACUGUAGCCUAUUUUUACUUUGUUUCAGAUAAUUUGUAUUUUUCUCUGCUGUACUUGC